GCCUUGAUCGAAAAGGACUGGAUUCAAUUUGGUCACAAAUUCAUCGAGCGUUGUGGUCUCCUCUCUUCCGGAGAUCCGCGUGAGGUGUCACCCUCGUUCACACAAUUUCUAGAUUGCCUCCAUCAUUUGAUUGAGGUGUGCCCCACUAAAUUUGAAUACAAUAAUCACUUUCUCUGUUUGCUGCAUGAUCAAGCACACGCUGGGCUCUUCGGCACUUUUAUCUCUUGUUGCCAAAAGGAUCGCAUUGACCUGAGGUCUGUCAUUUACAAGAAAACAUUUCAUACUAACACAAUUUUGCUGUUCCAUUCUUCAUCAUUUAGGCUGAAAGUUAAUGCCUAA